AUUUAAACCCGCAAUGGAUGAAGGAGACAAGAAUGCUGAUGGUAUAGCACCAUCUUCUUGGAAUUAUGGCUCAUUUCAUUUUCAAUCUCGGCUAUAUACAUCUUUUAUGCAGAAGGGAGGUAAUAAAGAGGUUCAUAAGAAAUAUGAGCCUUUAAAUAAGACUAAUUGUGAUAUUGCUAAAAUUUCGACAGAAAAGCGACAAAAAUCAAAUGGAAGAAGAGGAAGUAGAGAAGACAAGAAUAUGAACAAGUUAAGAAUGACACAAGUUCAUCCUAGGAAGGUUUUCACCAGUGCUGGAUGGCAAAGAACUACUAAAUCUGCUGAAUGUCCGAAGAACAAGAUAGCUACUGAAGAUUAUUACAGAGCUCUCAAGGAGUACAAAGAGAUUGGGGAUAAGGAGAAACUUAUGGAACAACGGAAUGAUAAAGCAAUGUCUAUCCUCCUUGCAGGUUCUCCUACACCUCCGAAGUUAGGUAGAGGUAGCAGUCAGGAUCAGCACUUUCAGUAUAAUUAUAAGCGGCUCAAGUCUGAAUUGGAUAAGAUAGAACUACCUAGAGAAACAAUGUACAUGAUCGACAAGGUCGUCAGACAGAGAGUCCAAAGAGUUAUUGAAAACGAGGUAACAAAUGGGGCUUGACUAAAAUUCAAAUUUCUAGAAUUUUAAUUUUAGAUGAGAAGUCCGGAAAAGAUUUUUGACAUAAUAAAACCAAA